AUGGAUAUCUGGAUAUCACCCAGCUGUAAACACAUCCCUAAAAUAGGAACACUUCCAAAAUUCACAUCUAACUGUCACACCCCUGGACUCAUUUCUCCACGUCUCUCUCGUUCCUCCCAGCGAAUUGUGACAGAAGACACGACCCAGUUUCCCUCGACUCCGCCUCCAGCCUCCGAGACCCGGACUCCGCCUCGGCACGUUAACCCUUCGACUCCACCAUGGCUCCUAGCUCCCUCCUCUCCGCCGUGGCCCGGUAGUCCACUAGCUCCACCGGGCUCCCUUGUCCUUCCGGCUCCGCCUUGGUCUGGCGUCGACCAUCCUGCACCUCGGGACUCCACUCCUCUGGCUUUGCCUCGUCCCUUCGUCCCUCCGGCUCCUUCAGGCUCCUUCAUCCCCUCGCCUCCUCCUCUCUUCUCUGUCGCUCUGGCUCCCUGCGGCCUCUCGUAUCCACGCCUCUGCGUCAGUCGCAGGCACCAUCUGCUCCGCCUAGGGCCCCCGGAUCCUCCCCGUCACCCUUGCUCUGCGGCUCUCCGUCUCAGCCUCGGGCUCCUCCUCCACCUGCUCCUCGGCGGCCACUCCUCCUCCAUGGCUCCUCCCCCCAUCAUGGCUGUGGCCUGGGUACUGCUGGGCGCCUCCUGCUCUGGAUCCCUCCUGUCUCCUCCCUGGCUCCUCCCUCCUUCGUCACCUCCCUGGCCUCUGUCAGCCGGCCCCCUCCCAGGUGUCCGUCCUCCUCCUGAGCCUCCGCCUUUGUUUUUCCCCUGGGCUCUCCACUGACGAUCAGGGCUGCAGACAUCAUCUCUUGGUGCUGAUCCACCAUCUCAUCGGAUACGGACUGAGAAACAGAAUAAGAAAGAAACAGA